GCGGGGCCCGCGCCGCUUUCUGUUACCGGUGUGCUUGUUUUUCCCUUAGGAAAAGUUGCGUUAUAAAUGCAUCAGGGAUCGUUUUUGUGCUCCGCUUGUGGACUUUAAUAAAUCCUAAAAUACCGAAAUAAAAAGAGAAGCUCUGAAAGGUGAUCGCCUAGGAGAGCGCAUCGCUUCUGGUUCUGUCUUCUCCAAGUCGACAGAUCGGGGUACAUCUGUUGUGCUUCUUUAGGGGCGUGACCCAGCUGGCUGUGCAUCCACGGACCAGAGCGUGUCAUCCUUCCGGAAACAGGCAGGAGCAAAUAGGAGCAAAGCCUGCCCGCCGGGUUUGGCAUCGGGGCUGUGAGCGUUGGCUGGACAGGGUCAGAACUGAACUGCUCCUGCUGGGCAGCAAUGGAACGGGCGGCCUGGCUGAGUUCUGGCUUUGGGUUUGGUGUGUUUAUCUGUGCUUGAAAUGGACCGAGGUCUGUAGGACUUAUUUGGCCUGUAGUGUGGUGUCCUUUGGGAUAUUCCUGUUUUAAAAAAAACAAACAACAACAACAAAAAAACACACAGAAGUUUUCCACAGGUGUAGAAGACAGAGUUGGUGUUGCUGCCUCUGAUGUUCUGCUCUGUCAAUACCUGUGCUGUUUGCUGUUUGCAGUGCAGCCCGGGGAGUGAUCGGAGGAAAGCAGGUGUUAUCUGAUUCAUGGAUCAGGAAAUAUGGGCACUCAUGAUACUGAAGCACAGUGACUGUGGAGGCACAGUCCUGAUUUGAAACUUGGUUGCAGUUUCUAGCAAGCCCCCCAUUUCCUUUGUUUUCUUGUUUUCCCUUCGACUGGUGUUGCAGAGGGAAGCUGUGAGCUUUGAGGCACAGUUUACAGCAGGCGUUGAGCACAGUGCCCGAAUGGGGCCUUGUGUCAGUGCCCAGGUACUGUGGAGCUGUCACCAAGUUCUGUAUCAGUUUUCUUUCAGAGUGGAAUUUGCCUUCUGGGUUACUUGUGGUCUCAUAUGCGUGUCCAUCUCCCUUCUACAGAGAUAUAGACUUAAAGGUCUAAUAUGGGUAUAAUGAUGGGUUUUAGUAAAAGUCUAAGUCUUUGUUGCAAAGGGCUGAUUGAAGUGCCAUUUUGUCAAUGUAUGUUUCUAUUAAAAUGGAAGUGAGCUAGGUUGGUUUUGAAGGAUGUGAUUUUAUUUUUGUAUAAAUGAGAUGCUGUCUGGUAGGUUGAGGCUGAGUUGCUGAAAGCUGGAGAAAUCGGGGUGUGCAUCAAUCCUUCGCAGCACUUUUCCUUCCAGGUUGUCUCUCAGUGCCUGUUUUGGGCAUGUCCUUGCUUCUUUUGGUGCCAGUCUUAAACGUGGACAAAGAGCCCUGUAGGAGGAAUGACAAUGAUUUGCAAGGAACAAAUAGUUCAGCGUCAUUGGGUGGUCUUGAUGUUCGCAGAAGAAUCCCAAUAAAGCUGAUCUCAAAGCAGACCAAUAAAACCAAACCUGUACCUCGGGCUCCCAGAGCUAUGAACAGGAUGCCUGCAAAGACACAAGCUGGGGAUGAAGAAGAAUUUGAUUUCAAUGAAGAGGAGCGAUACGAAUGCAAGGGAGGUGAAAUGUUUGGAAAUCAAAGGAGAUUCCCUGGACCCAUAUUUUGGGAUUAUAAGAUAAACUUGCUGGGGGAGAAGGAUGAUACGCCUGUCCAUUUCUGCGAUAAGUGCGGGUUGCCCAUCAAAAUGUAUGGGCGCAUGAUACCUUGCAAGCAUGUUUUCUGCUAUGACUGUGCUAUACUACAUGAGAAGAAGGGAGACAAGAUGUGUCCUGGCUGUAACGAACCCGUCCAGCGCAUCGAGCAGUGUGUGCGAGGGUCUCUCUUCAUGUGCAGUAUAGUCCAAGGGUGCAAGAGAACUUACCUGUCACAGAGAGACUUACAGGCUCACAUCAACCACCGCCAUAUGAGAGCUGGAAAGCCUGUGACUCGUCCUCCUCUUGAACCCGUGCAUCCUCCCAUCGCCCCUCCGCCUGCUGAGAUCCCGGAGCGUUUCAUAAUGCCACCAGAGAAACACCACAUGAGCCACAUUCCGCCGAAGCAGCACAUCAUGAUGCCGCCGCCUCCCUUACAGCACGUGCCGCACGAGCAUUACAACCAACCGCACGAAGACAUCCGCCCGCCUCCUGCCGAGAUGUCCAUGGCUCCGCCGCCGCCCCGCCCGGUCAGUCAGGACACCUUCCGCAUCUCUACCAGAAAACACAGCAACUUGAUAACCGUCCCUAUUCAGGAUGAUUCGAAUUCAGGCGCUCGAGAGCCGCCUCCGCCUGCCCCAGCACCUGCUCAUCAUCAUCCCGAGUACCAGGGCCAACCGGUGGUAACGCACCCGCACCAUAUUAUGCCUCCGCAGCAACAUUAUGCGCCGCCCCCUCCUCCGCCUCCUCCAAUAAGCCAUCCUCUGCAGCAUCCUCCCCAGGCGGCAGGCACACCUCACAUGGUGUAUAGCCAAGCUCCUCCGCCGCCAAUGACCUCUGCUCCUCCUCCGAUAACCCCGCCGCCUGGACAUAUCAUUGCCCAGAUGCCGCCCUAUAUGAAUCAUCCUCCUCCGGGACCUCCCCCCCCUCAGCACGGAGGCCCUCCCGUAAAUGUCAGUGCCCCCCCUCCCCAUCACUAUAACCCUAACUCUUUGCCACAGUUCAGUGAAGAUCAAGGAACUCUUAGUCCCCCUUUCACGCAGCCGGGGGGCAUGAGUCCAGGGAUUUGGCCGGCUCCCAGAGGGCCGCCUCCACCUCCGAGGAUGCAGGGGCCUCCUGCUCAGGCCCCUCUUGCUGGACCGCACCACCCCGAUCAAGCCAGAUACAGACCCUAUUACCAGUGAUCUGAGCAAUUGUACGAAUAGAGAGCGCUAUGAAGAGGAUAAAACUAUAUACAGCAGCCUUUUAAUUAAUUGUAUGGGGGUUGUUUUGUUUUUUUUAAAUACUGUCAUUUUGACUGUAAGACGUUUUGGGGUUUGAAUCUUUAAUGAUUUUUAAGCCUUGGCUGUAGGACUCUGACUUCAAAUAUUCUGUAGUGCUAAAAUAAGUGGCUUAGUAGACCACAGUUGCAUUUUAACUGAACUUCUGUCUAUAGUGUGGCUAAUUGUCCUAAGAUGAACACUUGUAAUAUCACUUUCUGGAGAAAAUGAACAUGUGUUGUACCAUUCUGAAUAUUGUUUUUGUUUAAAUCCAAUGUUUAGUUUUCACUUGUGAUACAUUUUUGUUAACCUGUGUACAAUAAUUAAAUUGAACUAUGGUUGUAAAA